AUGUCUAGCUGGGUUUAUAUCAAGCUCCAUCCUGACUCCUCCAUCUCUACUGCCAACUCUCAGCGGUUACCGGUACCCGUCUUGCAACGCUACACUUUCAAGUUCACUAUGAGGUUCAUCUUUCCUGCUUGCCUAUUGUUUCUAGCCACCUCGGUCAAUGGACAUCUCCGGUGCCAGUGUACGGGCGGUACAGAUCAGGAUCACAAAAUGAUGACGGGUUCAUGCUGCUUCCGAGUAGCGGCCACGGACGGAAAGGUGCACACGGGGAAUUAUAAAGAUGGCAUAUGUGUGGAUCUUGUACUAUGGGAUGGCACCACAGUGGACUCCUUGAAACAAGGAUGGCAAGAUUGCUGCCUGUCCGAACAGAAGAGAGGAGUAACAGUUGAGGGUGGGCAGUGCGAGUAA